CCGUCAAUCACGCGGAGGGGCGGAAGUGGGGCUGGAGAGUGUCAUGGCCGGGGCUGUGUGAGGGGGACAUGUGAGCAGCAGCAAGCAGCAGACAGAUCCCCAGCGCCCGGGGUCCUUGUUACUUCCCCGUUGUGUCCUCCAAUUCCCAGCGGUCUGAACAGGGAGGAUGGACAGUGUGCAGCUCAACAACGGGGUGGAGAUGCCUCUGCUAGGCCUCGGCACCCACAGGUUGCGAGGGUAUGAGGCCGUGUACCGGGCGCUGGAUGCCGCGCUCAGGCACGGUUACCGCUCGGUCGACACGGCCAGCGUGUACGGCAACGAGGGGGACAUCGGCAGGGCGCUGGCAGAGCUGCUGCCCAGGCACGGCCUGUCCCGGGCCGACGUCUUCAUCACCAGCAAGCUCUCGCCAGCGGAUCAGGGGGAGCGGGCCGAAGAGGGCGCCUUACGGAGCGUGGAGACCUUGGGCUGCAGCUACCUGGACCUCUAUCUCAUCCACUGGCCCGGCCGUCAGGGCUGGAAGAGCGAGGACCCCCGUAACCCGGGGUGCAGGCGCCGCAGCUGGGAGGCGCUGGAGGGCCUCUACAAGAGAGGCCUCUUCCGGGCCCUCGGAGUGUCCAACUACACGGAGGGCCACCUCAGGGAGCUGCUGGCCCAUUGCCGGGUGCCGCCGGCCGUGCUGCAGGUGGAGUAUCACCCGCGCCUGGUGCAGAGCGGCCUGUUGGCCUUCUGCGCCGAGCACGGCCUCCACCUGCAGGCCUACUCUUCCCUGGGCACAGGGUGCCUGCUGGAGGAGCCUCAGGUACAGGCCCUGGCCUCUGCCUACGGCCGCAGCCCCGCCCAGGUGCUGCUGCGCUGGGCCGUGCAGCAGGGCAUCGGGGUCAUCCCCAAGUCGGCCAAUACCGAGCGCGUUGCCGCCAACGCCCGGCUCUUCGACUUCUUCCUGGCCCCGGAGGACGCCAAGCUGCUGACCGGGCUGCACUCUGACAGCCACUACUGCUGGGACCCCCGGGCUGUCGUCUGAGCUGGGGUGGGGGAAGGUGGCUGGGGAUGUCUGAGUAACCGGCCUGUGCUGCCUACUUCAGGCUGCACCCCUGCCCGGUUCCAAAUCCUGACUUGAGACGCGCCAAGGAUGUGAAGGGUU